AUGAAUGAGAUCAAUGCCGACGAAAAUGAAAGCAAAUUCUCAUGUUUUAGUCACGGAAAUCAGUGUGAUCCUUAUCGACCACAAGGAUGCUGUCUCGAAAAAGAUAUAUGCAAAUACACGAUAGGGUACUAUGUAUGUAUGGAUGAAGUUAUAUUAGAAGAACCUUGCGAAACCGACGACGAUUGUCGUGAUAUACAUCAUGCCGUAUGUUCAUCAGAUAAUAAGUGUACUUGCAAAACAAAUUAUUUUCCAGUUAAUAAAACAUCAUGUGUACCAUUAUUAGGAGAAUUUUGUGAGCAAAACGAAAAAUGUGUGGAAUUAAAUUCUCUCUGUAUUGAUAAUAAAUGCAAAUGCAGCGAUGGAUUUAUACAACAAACCAUAAGGAAGUGUAUACCAGACCCAGUCAGAAAGCAAACUUAUUUAGGUAUAUCUUGUGACAACAAUUCCACUUGCAGAGGAUUAGUAAAUUAUAGUGUUUGCUCUAAAGAUAGAAAAUGUGUCUGUGAUAAUAAUUAUAAUCCAAUAGAAGGAGGUAUUUGCGCUCCACUACAUGGCGUGACGUGUUCGGACAAUACAAAGUGCGCACAAGAUAAUGUCUUUUGUAUAAAUAAUAAAUGUCGAUGCAAGCCUGAUCAUGUGUAUCGAGAUUCUAAAUGUGUAGCAAAAGACUUAGGUGAGUCCUGCAAUAAUCAUAGAGAAUGUCACGGAGUUGAAUUCGCAAUAUGUUCAAGAGAUAAAAGAUGUAUUUGUUCUGAUCUCUAUAUUUCAAUAAAUAGAACGAAGUGUCAUCCGAUUUUAAAUGGAUUUUGUCUCGCAAAUGAUCAAUGUGCUGUUAUAAAUUCGAUCUGUAUUAAAAACCAAUGUCAGUGUGCUUUUGAUUACAAUGCUGAUACCAAUCAUCAUUGUGUUUUGAGAUCAUUAGGAAAAUUUUGUAAAUCAAAUUCUGACUGUGAAUAUUUAAAAAAUUCAAGAUGUUCUCAUGAUAACAAAUGCGUGUGUAGCGAUAAUCACUUCGCAUACAAUCAAAUAGAAUGUACACCAGUUGCCGAUGGUUAUUGUACCAAUAAUGAGCAAUGUCAAUUUCACGGAUUUCAUUGUAUCGAUAAUAAAUGUCAAUGUAGACCUAAUUUUUCACUGCUGUCUGCUGAUAAUUGUAUUGAAACUCAUUUGCUAUUUUCUUGUAGUGAUAGUCUAGAUUGUAGUGAGCCAUGGCACACAACUUGCUCAAAGGAUAAAAAAUGUGUUUGUCAAUAUAAUAAUAUUGCGAUAAGUACAUCAACAUGUUUACCUAUUUUGGAUGGAUACUGUUGGAAAGAUGGCCAAUGUCAGGCUGAAUAUUCUUGUGAUCCUUAUCGACCACAAGGAUGCUGUCUCGAAAAAGAUAUGUGCAAAUACAUGAUAGAGUAUUAUGUAUGUGUGGAUCAAGUUACAUUAGGGGAAUCUUGCGAAACCGACGACGAUUGUCGUGAUAUACAUCAUGCCGUAUGUUCAUCAGAUAAUAAGUGUACUUGCAAAACAAAUUAUUUUCCAGUUAAUAAAACAUCAUGUAUACCAUCAUUAGGAGAAUUUUGUGAGCAAAACGAAAAAUGUGUGGAAUUAAAUUCUCUCUGUAUUGAUAAUAAAUGCAAAUGCAGCGAUGGAUUUAUACAACAAAUCAUAAGGAAGUGUAUACCAGACCCAGUCAGAAAGCAAAGUAAUUACAAUUUAUUUAAAAAUUGGGAAUUUGUUUACAAUCACGGCUCCAUACAUUUAUUGAAGUUCUAA